CGAAAUGGCCGCCGCCUGCCCCGGCCCUCGCCCCGCCGCCGCCGCCCCGCCUCGCUGCCGCUCCCGCGCCCCCCUCACGGCGGCGGCGGCGGCGGCCGGGCGGGGAGCCGGCGGCCAGCCCCCGCCCUCCGUUCCCGGCAUGCGGCGCGGCGGCUGAGGUGGCAGCCGCCCGAGCCCGCCGAGGCCAUGUUCCCCCGUCCCCCCUUCCCCGGCGAGGUGAGGCGGGCGGCCGCCUCGGGCCGCAGCCGCUCCCGCCCGCGGGGGGCCGGCGGCGGCACGGUGCUGCUGCCCUCCAUGCUGAUGUUCGGCGUGAUCCUGGCUUCCAGCGGGCUGCUCCUCAUGAUCGAGAAGGGCAUCCUGGCCGAGGUGAAGCCGCCGCCGCUGCACCCGGCGCCGGGGGAGCUCUCCCGGCGGGGCGGCGAGGAGGCGCCCGGCGACCUGGACUACGAGGUGCUGCGGGACAUCCGCAACCGCACCAUCCGCGCCGUGUGCGGGCAGCGGGCCAUGCCCCGCAGCGUCUGGGAGCUGCCGGCCGGCCAGCGGCGGACGGUCCUCCGGCACCUCCUGGUCAGCGACAAGUACCGCUUCUUGUACUGCUACGUGCCCAAGGUGGCCUGCUCCAACUGGAAACGCAUCCUGAAGGUGCUGGACGGGGCGCUGGAGAGCGUCGACGUCAAGCUGAAGAUGGACCACAAGAGCGACCUGGUGUUCCUGGGCGACAUGAAGCCGGACGAGAUCAGCUACCGCCUCAAGAACUACUACAAGUUCAUCUUCGUGCGAAACCCCGUGGAGAGGCUGCUGUCAGCCUACAGGAACAAAUUUGGGGAGAUCAAGGAGUACCAGCAGAAGUACGGGGUGGAGAUCAUCAGGCGGUAUCGGAAGAACGGGGGGAAUUCGGCGGGCGACGACGUGACCUUCUCCGAGUUUCUGCGGUACCUGUUGGACGAGGAGGUGGAGAGGAUGAACGAGCACUGGAUGCCCAUCUACAACCUGUGCCAGCCCUGCGCCGUGAGGUACGACUUCAUCGGCUCCUACGAGCGGCUGAACGCCGACGCCAACUACGUCCUCGAGCGAGUCCAGUCGCCCUCCUUCAUCCGCUUCCCCGAACGGCAGUCGUGGUACAAGCCCGUGACGGCAGAGACGCUCCACUACUACCUGUGCAACACCCAGCGCCGGCUGAUAAAAGAGCUGUUAACAAAAUACAUCCUGGAUUUCUCCCUCUUUGCCUACCCCCUCCCCAACAUAACCAGCGAAUUCUGCAGGCAAUGAGGUGUUCGUUUCGGGAUCCGGGGUGAAUUCUGCCUGUGCUGCAAGGAUUUGCUGAUGCAGCUGAUGCUGUGAAUAAGGCGUAGCUGCGGGCCCUGUGAAACACGCUCUUCUAUGCAUUAUUUCCUAAUUUUAUACUUCUCAAAGACUGUUUGUAUAAAAUACUAUCUAUUGCCUUUGCUACUAGAACUCUUUUUCUAUUGGUCUGAUUUUAAUGUGUACAUAUGCCGCUGACUUGAGCACAGUAGCUUUUGUAUAUCUUGGUUUAAAUUCUUUUUUGUGGCACUACACAGAAAACACCUGUAAGGAAACUGAGAAACUGAUGUAUUUUAAUUAUUUUUUCCUCCUUUUUUGUGUUUUGUACUAAAUAGUACGUGGCUGAAUUACAGUCGUAAUAUAGCGGUUGAUUGUUAUCGCUAAUAAUAAUAUAGUAGUUGAUGCGCUAAAAAUUAGCGCUGUUAAAACUGGUCCUGGAUUAGACAGGAGGUAUUUUUUUGUGUGUGUGUAGAAGAAAAGGCUUAUGUAAACUAGGCCCUAUUUAUCCUUUAUUUUCUCACCUGUAGAUGGUGGCUCCAUGAGGCUGGUCUUUUUUUCUGUGACAGUAGUACCUCUGUCUUUUAUUAUUAUUAUUAAUCGUUAUUAUUAUUAUUUUAUUAUUUACCAUUGAGCUAAAGCUCGCGAUAAGAUUCACUUCCGUGCGAUUUUAAGAUAUGAAGGUACCAACUAUUUACCCAGCAUAACGUAUCAGACGGAAGACCAAGCCAUAACAAUUUGCUCUGUUCUCUCUGAAUUAAAGCAAUACAGACUUCUGGUAAGAUCAAAACCCGUCCUGGUUCUGAGGAGAGAAGGCAACGCGGACCCGCACCGGCAGCGCGCCAGCUCACGGCCGCGGUGGGCGCCUGCGUGCCCACGUGCGUGCAAACCACCGUGGCAAAAUACUUUCUCCGGCCGCGUUCGCAACAAAGGCGAUUUGAGGAUUAGUUCCCCCUUCUCUUGCAGAUGCGCACACUGGUUUUGUAGCUACUUGUAUUUAAUUACGGCCGUUAAAUUGUGAAAGGUCGGGAGGUAGAGUAGGAUGUCGUUUCUGGGAGGCUGUGUCCUCCUUCCUAAUAAAGUUUUCCUAUGAAUUCA